AUGUCAAUGGACAACACCCCCGCGACUACCACCAACAAGACCACCACCGACCCCUCCUCCGGCCAAUCUUCAGAGUUCCUAGAACCAUCAAAGUCCUCCGACGGCCCCCAGCGCCGCUCCUCCAUUUCCAAGAUCGUGGACGCGAUCAAGAAGCCAUUCCACCACGAGAAAAAGCAGGAAGAUGUGCCGCCCGCACUGAAGGAGAACAUCGAGCGCAUGGAGGAGCGGAAGCAGGAGCGCAUUGAGGAGAUGCAGAAAGAGGGGUUGGAUACGAGUAUGCUUGAGGGGAGCAAGAAGGGGCAGUUAAAGCAGACGUUGCGCUAA